UCUCUCUCUCUCACACACACACACACACACACUCCAUCUCUCUAACUUAGAAAGACAAAAUGCAAUACAGAACCGAAACUCGUAGCUCGUUGUCGUCCUACAACAAGGUUAACAACAUGGGAAUGUUUCCAUCGGAUACUCUGGCCAGGGUAGAGUCCAUGGCUGCUGAAAACGCGGUGGUUAUAUUCAGCGUGAGCACUUGCUGCAUGUGCCACGCCGUCAAGGGUCUCUUCCGCGGAAUGGGAGUAUCUCCCGCCGUCCACGAGCUGGACCUACACCCUUACGGAGCAGAUAUCCACCGAGCUCUCCUUCGUCUCCUCGGCUGUUCCAACGGCGCUUCCACUUCUCCCGGGGGACUUCCGGUGGUUUUCAUCGGUGGGAAGAUGGUGGGAUCAAUGGAGAGAGUGAUGGCUUCUCAUAUCAACGGCUCACUCGUCCCUCUUCUCAAAGAUGCUGGUGCUCUCUGGCUCUGAUCCCAACCUAAGUCCACAACCGUUUUUUUGUCUUCUCUUUUUAUGUUGUUGUUUUCUAAAUCUUUUGUGGGUUUAAGAACUAAAAAAGAUUAGGUUAAUCAUCAUAGUGUUGAAUUAGAGACAGUGAGGGGGAGAAGUGCGUUUGUAUUAAGCAUAGCUUCUUGUAUCCGUCUUAAUCACACUAUAAUAUAUAAAUUUAGUAAUCUCGUUUUACAA